CACGGGACAGGGACUCCAACCCGGUCACAGCCAGCCUGCAGAAGCGGCAGCGCGCACACCGCAUAGCGCAGCGCACAUCCAACGGUACAGUCGAGAUGGCGGCACCCUAUCACAAGAAGAGCGAUGUCGGACUUCAGGCAGCCUAUGAGUAUGGGCCUUGCGACUACAACCUAGACGUGGCCAGAGCACAGCUUCAGCGUACAGGCAGCACAGACACCAUGCUGACUUCACUCGAUCCGGAAAACUCCCUGCGCCACAGGAUGUGCAUGCGGCUGAAGAGGGCAUUCUCACGGAAGACACUGCUCAAGAGGUUGCCUGUGCUGUCAUGGCUGCCACGCUACUCCGUGGAGGAUGCCGUGGGAGAUCUGGUGGCUGGAAUCACUGUUGGACUCACUGUCAUCCCCCAGUCCCUCGCCUAUGCCAGCAUUGCAGGUCUUCCAGCUCAGUACGGGCUGUAUGGCUCUUUCAUGGGCUGCUUCCUGUACAUGUUGUUUGGCAGUUGCAAGGAUGUACCCAUGGGCCCUUCUGCUGUCAUCUCUCUGCUGACAUUUCAGUCAGUGCGUGGCAUGGGUCCCGAGCACGCUGUGCUUCUUUGCUUCCUCACUGGAGCCAUCCAGGUGAUCAUGGGGAUCCUGGGACUUGGUUUCCUGAUUGACUUCAUAUCUGGUCCAGUGUCAUCAGGUUUUACAUCAGCAGCUGCUCUCAUGAUUGUAACUUCACAGAUGAAGGAUUUGUUGGGAAUCACAGCAGAAGGCAAUACUUUCAUUGAAGUAUGGGGAAGUCUUUUCCAGAACAUGCAUAACACAAAACUCUAUGAUAGUGUUUUGGGUGCUGUCUGCAUUGUUGUACUGUUAUUGAUGAGGGUAUUGGCGAAUUUGAAAAUAGGACCAAAAGAAGAUGAAAAGAAGACAACUACCCAAAGGAUUCUAAAUAAAGCUAUUUGGCUUAUUGGGACUUCUCGCAAUGCUAUCCUAGUGAUUAUAUGUGGUGUCAUAGGAUAUCAGCUAUCACUCUCAGGAGAUGCACCUCUUAACUUAAUAGGUUCCAUACCUCCUGGACUUCCAGCUUUUCACUUGCCACCAUUUACUGUGACAUUGGAGACAGGAAAUUCCACAGUCACAUAUUCAUUUGGUGACAUGUGUUCCAACCUUGGAUCUGGAAUUUUUGUUGUGCCUCUUGUAGCGCUACUGGAAAAUAUUGCUGUUUGCAAGGCCUUCUCUAAUGGUAAACCAAUAGACGCCACACAAGAAUUACUUGCCAUUGGUAUUUCCAAUAUUGGUAACUCUUUUGUCCAAGGUUUCCCAGGAACUGGAGCCCUUGCUCGCAGUGCUGUUAACAAUUCAAGCGGAGUCAGGACAACACUUGGAGGGCUUUACACAGGACUUUUGGUGAUUUUCUCUCUUCUUUUCUUUACUGAUUAUUUCUACUUUAUACCAAAAUCAAGUCUUGCUGCUAUAAUCAUAGCUGCUGUGAUAUUUAUGGUUGAGGUCAAAGUUGUUGUUCCAAUCUGGAAGACAAAGAAAAAUGAUCUUAUCCCUGGAUUUGCAACAUUUUUUGCCUGUUUGAUACUGCAACUGGAAUUAGGCAUCCUUGUGGGCAUUGGCUUGAAUGUACUAUUCAUUCUUUACAAUGUUGCACGUCCAAAAAUAAAUAUUGAGACAAACAAAACUCCAGAGGGCACUGACUACCUAGAACUUACUCCAGAUAGGUGUCUUAUUUUUCCUUCUGUUGAGUAUGUACGCAACUUGGUGGUGAAGCAAAGCAUGAGGAAUGAUAUGCCUGUUGUAAUUAAUUGUUCACAUAUAUUUGUAUCAGACUACACUGCAGCCAAGGUGAUUGACUGCCUUACACAUGACUUCAGCAAAAGACAACAGCCACUUUUCUUCUAUAAACUAAAGCCAAGUAUAGUGAAGAUGUUCCAAGGACUACAUCCAACAGAAUUUGUUGUUUAUCAUGAUGAGAAUGAACUGGAGAGUCUUAUCAGAGCUCACAAAAAGUACAUGGCUGCACGUAACGGUAUUUCUGAACUCAGUUUUGUUAGUACAGGAUGACUACCACAAGAAGCUUACAAGAAUCCUCAUUAACUUGAAAAUGGAGCUUCCUCAAGUGCAAAUGUUUAAGUAUGAAUCAGUAUUAUGCUUUGAGAAAUGAGAUUAGCAAAAUGUGUGCUGAAACUGAAGACAUAUUUAUAUUAGUUCUAGUCAAAAUACAUGCCAACUGCUUUCCAACACAAUUGAAAUAAGGACAAAAUACGUUAUUAAGUAGUAGUAUGUGCAAAGCUAAAAACCAAUAAUAUAUUCACUUUCUUCUCAAAAGCCUAAGUACAAAAGUGUCUGUCAUUACAACAGUGACAAUAUCAGUAGAUAAAUCAAAUGUGUUACACACUUACUUUCCACAAAAAGAAAGCUGUGAAGUAUUUGCUUUGAACUGAUUUGUCGGAUAAACAUUGCCAAUCUUUAUGACCAUUUAUGUUAAUUUGGGACUGUUUCAUUAUUAAUGAACAGUUAUAAUACUCAAAGUACAUGGAGCAAAAAUUUCAACUGUACAAGCAGAUGCUAGAUGCUUCUCCUAACAUUUGGAUUAAAACUGCACCUGUUCUCAAAGUUUCAUUGUGACUGGCUUGGAAACCCAGUUAUAAGAUGCUGAAACAUCUCACAAACUAAUAUCAGCCUAUUGUGCUGAACAUAAUGAACGAAUACUGGUUUAAGGAUUUUGGAUAUAUCUGUAAGGGCAAUCUGCAUAACUCUGCAGAAGUAAGGGCAGCAAUGAACUGCAUGUUAUGGAUUUAAACAAACAGCGUACUCAGAUACUGUACAAUUAAUUUGUUAUUGUCAUAACUGAAACACUGAACAAUUUAUAAGGAUGUUACAAUGAGUUUUUGUCAGUAUCUUGUCAUGCAUUCUUGCUGGAAGUUGCCUCUCAUUCUACUAAUUGCUAGGAUUGGUUUAUGUGUAUUGUAAACAAAUUAAUGUGGUUAGACAUUGUCUACUGAACAACUACAACCUUUUGUAAGGGAAACUGAGUCCAAGCCUUAGCAUGUGCUUACUUUAUGUAUACCAAUUCAAAUACAGAAUUACCUGCUUUUUUGUUGAAUAUAGUCUGUUGAUUACACACAUUCUCUUUAAGGAUCAACAGUAUAGUGUUUUUGUCUGUGUAGCUAGGGUUACUGCAGAAAACAUAAAAGAAUUUUUUUUCUUUUUUUCCAGGGAAUGUAGCCCUAUUAUCAAUUAGCUUUCUAAUUUACAACAGUGAACUGUGAGCUAUAAAUUUUUAGAUAAGUAAUAUAAUGAUCUCAUUUUCCUGCACUGCUGAUUAUUUCUGUUGCUCAUCUCUCAACUAACAGUGGAGAUUAUAUACUGAAGAGUCAAAGGAACUGGUACACCUACCUAAUAUCAUGUAGGGUCUACAUGAGUACACAGAAGUACCACAACAUGAUGCUGCAUGGACUUGACUAAUGUCUGAUGUAGAGCUGGAGGGAUUUGACACCAUGAAUCCUGCAGGGCUAUCCAUAAAUCCAUCGUAUGGGGGAUUGGAGAUCUCUUCUGAACUGCACGUUGCAAAGCAAUAAUAUUCAUAUCAGGGGAGUUUGGUGGCCAGCAGAAGUGUUUAAACUCAGAAGAGUGUUCCAGGAGCCACUCUGUAGCAAUUAUGGAUGUGUGGGGGGUUGCAUUGCCUUGCUGGAAUCGCCCAAGUCCAUCGGAAUGCGCAAUGGACAUGAACGGAUGCAGGUGAUCAGAAAGGAUGCUUACGUAUGUGUCACCUGUCAGAGUCGUAUCUAGACAUUAUCAGGGAUCCCACAUCACUCACGCUGCACAUGCCUCACAUCAUUACAGAGCCUCCACCUGCUUGAACAGUCCUCUGCUGACAUGCAGGGUCCAUGGAUUUAUGAGGUUGUCUCCAUACCCGUACAUGUCCAACCACUCGAUACAAUUUGAAACAAGAUUCAUCUGACCAGGCAGCAUGUUUCCUGUCAUCAACAGUCCAAUGUCAGUGUUGACAGACCAAGAUGAGGCACAGAGCUUUGUGUCAUGCAGUCAUCAAGGGUACACGAGUGGGCCAUCAGCUCUGAAAGCCCAUAACAAUGAUGUUUCAUUGAAUGAUUCACACACUGACACUUGUUGAUGGCCCAGCAUUGAAAUCUGCAGCAACUUGCAGAAGGGUUGCACUUCUGUCAUGUUGAAUGAUUCUCUUCAAUCAUUGUUGGUCCCAUUCUUGCAGGAUCUUUUCCAGCUGUAGCAAUGUUGAAGAUUUGAUGUUUUACCAGAUUCCUGAUAUUCAUCAUACACUUGUGAAAUGGCUGUAUGGGAAAAUCCCCACUUCAUCACUACCUCGGAGAUGCUGUGUCCCAUCGCUCGUGCGCCGACUACUAUGCCACUUUCUAACUCAUUUAAAUCUUGAUAACCUGCCACUGUAGCAACAGUAACCAAUCUAACAACUGCACCAGCCACUUCUUGUCUUAUAUAGGCACUGCCGACUGCAGUGCCGUAUUCUGCUUAUUUACAUAUCUCUGUAUUUGAAUACACAUCCGUAUACCAGUUUCUUUGGCACUUCAGUGUAUUUUAAAUUGAUUAUUCUAGCACCAUCAUCUUACAGCAUUAAUAACAAAUCUACUUAUAAAUGUUUCUGAUUUUGAAAAGAUAGUUUUGAUAUUUGAUUUUUAUGCUGGCAAAUAAAAAAUUCUUUGUCGCAAUUAGA